GGGCUGCGCCGCGCUCCGCAACGUGUCCGGCGCGCAGUACGUGGGCUCGGGCUACACCAAGGCCGUGUACCGGGUCCGCCUGCCCGGCGGCGCCGCGGUGGCGCUCAAGGCGGUGGACUUCAGCGGCCACGAUCUGGGCAGCUGUGUGCGCGAGUUCGGGGCGCGGAGGGGCUGCUAUCGGCUGGCGGCCCACAAACUGCUCAAGGAGAUGGUGCUGCUGGAGCGGCUGCGGCACCCCAACGUGCUGCAGCUCUAUGGCUACUGCUACCAGGACAGUGAGGACAUCCCCGAUACCCUGACCACCAUCACGGAGCUUGGCGCCCCCGUGGAAAUGAUCCAGCUGCUGCAGACUUCCUGGGAGGACCGAUUCCGAAUCUGUCUGAGCCUGGGCCGUCUCCUCCACCACCUGGCCCACUCCCCACUGGGCUCAGUCACACUGCUGGACUUCCGUCCUCGACAGUUUGUGCUGGUGGAUGGCGAGCUGAAGGUGACAGACCUGGAUGAUGCCCGCGUGGAGGAGACGCCAUGCUUGAGCAGCACCGACUGUGUGCUUGAGUUUCCAGCCCGGAAUUUCACCCUCCCCUGCUCUGCCCAGGGCUGGUGUGAGGCCAUGAACGAGAAGCGGAACCUCUACAAUGCCUACAGAUUUUUCUUCACAUACCUCCUGCCCCACAGUGCCCCAUCCUCACUGCGGCCUCUGCUGGACAGCAUCGUCAAUGCCACAGGAGAGCUCGCAUGGGGCGUGGAUGAGACCUUAGCCCAGUUAGAGAAGGUGCUGCACUUGUACCGGAGUGGGCAAUACCUGCAGAACUCCACUGCAGGCAGCCGAGCUGAAUACCGGCGCAUCCCAGACAGCACCAUCCCCCAGGAGAACUACCGCUGCUGGCCUUCCUACCAUCACAGUGGCUGCCUCCUCUCAGUGUUCAGCCUGGCCGAGGCCGUGGAUGUCUGUGAGAGCCAUGCCCAGUGCCGGGCUUUUGUGCUCACCAACCAGACCACCUGGACAGGUCGGCAGCUGGUCUUUUUCAAGACAGGAUGGAGCCAAGUGGUCCCUGAUGCCAACAAGACCACUUAUGUGAGGGCCUCUGAGUGACCUCUCUGAGUGCUCAGCGGACCAGCUGUCCUGCCCUGCCAGCUGUGCAUGUCUGGAGAGAGUGGCUUGCACCAGCAGCACACGCUGUCACCUUGGAUCCCCUGCAGACAAGGCUGACAUCCCAGCCAGACUGAUGUGACCAGGACAAAUGUGCAAUAACACAAAAUGUUAAAAUGUGAGUUUACCAGCCUAGUGUGGACUGCUGGCUCCGGGGCCGGGAAUCCUGGCUGCUGGCUGCCUCACCAGCCUUCUGGGCUGUAAGCAAGGCACAGGCUGACCUCUCCCAGAAAGCUGUGCCUCCCACUGAGAUGAAUCAUGGCAGCCCCAUCACUGUGUUCAUAAUGUGAGAAUGUAGCCAAAGCC